CACUGUAGAUGAGGCGAAAAGACAAGCGCCAUUCUUUUCCAUUUGGGACUGUUAUCUCAGCUGAUCCGGCAUCGGGACAGUUGUCUCAUCCAUGCUGGAGCGGUAACGCUGAGCGGAUCAUCUGGAGCUCCUGUGUGCCAUCAACACGAAAACAAUUCCAACGUGGAUAACAGAACAUCGACUUAAUCAUGCGCAGACACUCGUACAAAUGGAUACGCAUUCGACGCGUCCUGGAAAUGUCGGGGACACUUUGAUUUAUUUGUCCGUAUCGUUUUUGAAAGUCUGUUGGAAAUAUUCUGCCGUUAGGAAGUAUUUGAUUGUUGCUGUUGUGUGUUUUGUUUAUUUGUUUUUCACCGUUCAUGUCAGUCGCGCGUCUACACGCAAGGACAAACGUCUUGAUCUGUGGACUGGAAAUAACGUUUAUUCGCAGAGUAAAACCGACCAAGACCCCGCUGAUGGGGAGGUGAAUGAAUCUGUGAGCCCGACUAGGUCUAAUGUGGUGUAUAUUACUCUCAAAUCUAAGCGACACAAACCGGCCAUCAUCAGGGGCACAGUGCGACCCAAACUCCGGAGAAAGAAAGUUAAAGUGACACAGCAGGGUGGUACACAGGGCAAAGUGAAGGACGCGGGACACAAAAACAUUGUUAACCCACGACUGGGAUAUUAUGAGCUUGAUGAAAGUGACAUUGGUUAUUCAUCCAUAAGGAUAUACAGUGAAAGAGCUCCUCCAUGGUUCAGCAAUGACGAUAUCACUGCCAUGCGCUUUCUAGCCGAUAGUAAAAUUACGCAAAUUGGUGAAGUGGCACCUCGGGGUUUUUCUUCUUUAAUUUUGUUUAAUAGUGCGACAAAUGGCACGGACGAUAUUGAUGAGUGUCGUAAAAGUUGCGGUAUUGUUAAGCGACCCUUGGACAUGAGUGAGGUGUUUGCCUUUCAUCUGGACAGGAUUUUGGGACUGAACAGAACUUUGCCAGCUGUCAGCAGACGAUUCCACUCUCUUGGAGAUGGUCAGCUUUGUCCAGUGGUUUUGUGGGAUCCUUCUUUAAGCCCAGUAGAAGACCAACCCUCUGAGAGAUUGAACUGGGGCUCAUACCAAACCUCUCUCAAACACAAGUGCUGGCAUGGGGGUGUCAUACCUAAACCAGAGUGGAGCUGCACCAGCAUCCACCACCAUGAAUGGAGCAAGCUUGUAGUCUUUGAUUUCCUCCUGCAGAUUCAUGAGCGUCUAGAUAAAAACUGCUGUGGAUUCAAGCCUCGCCCAGAGGACACCUGUAUUGAGCUUGGUCACCAUGAAGAAUGUAGAGACAAGGAUGGCAUAGAGCUGACACACAUAAUCCACUGUAAACAUGAGCCACACCACCUGGUUUUCUUCAACAACAAGGGCUACUUUGACAGAGACGAGGGGAAUCUGAACUUCAGGCUACUAGAGGGAAUCAAAGAGCUACCAGAUCAGUCUGUGUCAGUGUUGAGGUCUCAGCGUCUCAGGGAAAAGCUCCUGCAAUCGCUGUUUCUCGACCAGCAGUACUGGGACAGUCAUGGUGGCCGUCAAGGCAUUGAAAAACUCAUUGAUGUGAUUGAGAAAAGAGCCAAAGUCUUGCUCACGUACAUUAAUGCCCAUGGGAUUAAAGUAGUACCUAUGAACUCUUAACAAAUGGAGCUUAAACUUUCAAUGUAUUUGAGAAACCACUAUCCAUUUGGUUUCCAAUGAAUGUUGAUGUGUU